CCGAACCUGGCCACAGCGCUAGUCCAGAUUCAUUCCGAACCUAGCCCGUUAGGUUAAGAAGGGGUUCAUCAUAACAUGUGACGGAGGUUAGCCGGAGGUAAAAAAAAAAAGGUUAGUACAGAGGUUCGGAAUGAAUCUGGACUCAUUCCGAACCUAGCCCGUUAGGUUAAGAAGGGGUUCAUCAUAACAUGUGACGGAGGUUAGCCGGUGGUAAAAAAAAAAAAAAGGUUAGUACAGAGGUUCGAAAUGAAUCUGGACUCAUUCCGAACCUAGCCGUUGGGCACUCGGAGACCACGGUUCUUGCAAUCUGGCCACAAUUGAAGUCAGAUACGUCGGGGAAUGUCCCACAGUGAGUACGCCCUAAGUUAACAAAUCCGAAAAGAAGAACACAGAGCUGAACUAGUGCGAGUCGGGGAUUCGUUGAUCGGUCUACUCAAGGAGUAAGUGCAGACGAUCGGCCAGGCGCUGGCACACGGAUGGUCGGAUCCUGCGAUUCAACCACCCACCAUCACCUCCAGCAGCACCGUCUGUAAGGUUAAGCAAAUCAUCGGGAAGCCACCUCCAAGCUCAUCGCCUUCGUCCCCAACACCCUCUCCUCCCCCUUUGUGCCUGUGUGUGUCUGUCUGGCUGUCCCUCUGUCUCUCUCUCGCACACACACUAAUCUCUGUCUAUCUGUCUGUCAGUCUGUCUCCCUCUCGCACACACCCACACACCCACACACCCACACACCCACUCACACACCCACACCCACACCCACACACUCACACACUCACACACUCACACACACACACACACACACACACACACACACACACACGCGCGCGCGCGCCUGCGCGCGCGCAUUCAAGCAAUGAAGUAAGACAUAAAGGGGGAUGUUUGACGAAAGAGGAAGGGAGAGGACGUGGAACGACGGCUCUCCCUCCCUCUCCUCGUUUGAUUGAUCGCGGAGGGAGAUACUGAACGGAAGGUGAGGAGGUGAUGGGCUCGGCGGGGAGGUUAAAGAGGAUGGAGGGUCGUCGCGGAGCCGAUUCGUUGGGAUCCCGGUGCUGGUCAUCAUGGUGCUUCUGGCUCGCAAUGAUUGCGGCCUUGUCAUUUGGGAACUGGGCGGCUAUGGCCGCCGUCACGACCACCACACCGCCGCCGACGGUGCAGAACGUUCCAUCGUCCCUAGAGGUCGGGACUCUUAACGUGAAGAUCAACGUCUCUGACAUCGUCAUCCGCGUGACUGUUCUCGAGGGCGAGCCAUUCUACGUGACCUAUCAGAUCAACACGAGCCCUGCAAUUCGUUACGGCGCAGGCCUCACCACUGGCAUUCUGAGCAUGUUCAUAAACCAAUUACCAGACGGUCCUUAUUCCCUGGUAGUGCGGGCGUUCGACGCCAAGGGAGUGGGGAGCACUGAGUCCCUCGUCUACACCUUUUUCGUGGACACUCAACUCCCAGAGUCCCAGCUCACCGUUGUGCCCCCCUUGCUGUCAAACGAAGUCAGGUUCACGUUCCAAUUCAACUCCACCAAGACCUCUACCUCCUAUGGCAUCUCCAGCUUCUACUGCAGCAUCGAUAGCGAGACGAUAUUCCUACCCUGUGGUCAGUGCGCUAUCGGCGAGCCCCGUUGCGAGGGGUCCUAUCAGGUACCCCCCUUAGACGACGGCGAGCAUAUCUUCCGCCUCAGGGCCACCUACAACUUCGCCACUAUCAAUCCACGCGUCGAACAGACAGAGAGGGCUCCCAAGGUGUAUAGGUUUGUGCUGGACACCACUCCUCCCAAGAUCAUCGUCAGCGAGCAACCCCCUCUUCGAGGCAAAGACGCCCGAGCGGUAUUCAAGUUCAGCUGCAAGGAUAUGUUCUCUAGCAGUUGCAGUAUGUUUUGCAAGCUCGAUGGCAAAGACCUUGGGGGAUCGGGACAGAAACGAUGGUCGGAAUGCUUCGGCUUUGUGAACAUGAUCGUCACCCCUCGAACCCAUGCCUUUCAGAUCUACGGCCAGGAUCCCGCCGGCAACAAGAGCCCUAUCUGGUUAUACACGUGGUAUGUUCAAAUGGAGGCCCCCAUGGCAGGAUUCGGAGACCUGGACAACUACGUAGGGGUCGUUCCCCACGACUCCUCCUACCCCAAUUACCAGCAACCGCCUGGAAAAUAUGGCUUCAUCACAGCCACCAAGCUCGUCAAUGGGAUGAACAUGACGGCUCUCGAUGUGACAAACUCGCCGGAAGUCUCCUUCAAGUUCAUAUGCGGAUAUCCCGCUGAAUGACUCGGGGACAUCAUUACCUGAAUGACAUUGUUUCUACUAUCAUUUUCACAUCUUCACAAGUAAUGAUGUGUUCUCUGAAUCUUCUGAACACGCCAAACAAGGAACCAUACAUACUUCGAAUCGUGAUUGGCCUUGAAUCCCUUGAUAUCAAGAGAAGACUUAGCGUCGUUAGCGAAGUCAGUCGAGGACGAAAAAAAAGACUCUGUCAGUGAGUGAGAGUACAUGAUGUAAGAAAAAAGUGAGAGUACAUGCAGCAGUGCUAAGUAGGACCUGACGUCGCUGACGAAAAUGCCCAGUUGCGGCCAGGAGCGUCAACGUUAAAUGCCCCAAGGGGCAAGUAUACUGUAAGCCGAAUGAAUAGGGUGCUUUACU